CUCCGGCAUUUCAGUUUCCUCAUCCGCGAUUCAAUUGUUCCCUGCCGGUCUCGCCGUCGAUCAAAGUAAUCCAAUUUCCGGCGUUCUUUCUUUCUGAAUUUUCGACAUUAUCUCUCAAACUCAGCAGAUCAAAACCUUAGAAAGAACCGGAACUGUUUAAUUUUUCUGAAUCCGGUCAACCCGUUUUCAAUUUCCUCGUCUCCGAUUCCACCGCUCCUUUUCGGUCUUGCCGUCGAUCAAUUUAAUCCAAUUCAGCUGCUCCUCUUUUCUGAGGUUUCGCUACUUUCUCUUCAAAUUCGCCUAACGCAAACCCUACCAAGUGCUAGAGUUGUUUAAUUUCUCUGAAUCCGCCUACCAGUUUUUCAAUUUCCUCAUCCCGAUACGCUCCCCAUCGGUCUUGCCGGUGAUUACGGAAAUGGAGUUGACGUUUAAUUGUAGCUGGUGGUCGAGUAUUGCUAAUUAUGUUAAGCUUUUCUAUUGUGUUAAUGGACAAAUAUUUUUGAUUUGUUCAUUUUGAAUACAACAUUUUUUAUAUUAAAUAUACAAAUGUUUAAUCG